AUGUCGCAAUUUGGUAGUGAAGUAAAUUCCCCUAGAAACUUGAAUUCAUCUUUCAAUUAAGAUUUAACUAUAAUUAGCUAAUAAAAGCUAUUGAAUUAAUUAUUAAACAUUAAUUUAUUGUAUGAUCAUCAAACCACAAACGGUUUAGGCAAUGUACUUUCUGAAUCUGAAAAUGUAGCAAAUAAGAUUAUUUAGAAAAUAUUAGUAGAUGGUGCGAAUAUUCUUUAUGAUAAGUAUUUGUAAGAAAAAAUGAACAAUCACUCAAUAAAUAGAAUUAUAAACUUAAUAGAAUAUGUCCAAAAACAAGAAUAUUUAUUUUAUGAUGAUAUUAACGAAGGUAUAAUAAAUAAUGGAGUAAUUGAAGAUACUGAACCUUUACCUUCAUAGCAUGAAAAUUGGAAAGGCUUAGCUGUGUCAAUAGAAAAAUAACUUUAACCUUCAUUCUCUUAAAAUAAUUUAAGUCAAAGAGAGAUCGAUUAGAUUAGCGUUGCUUAAUCUAAAAAAACUAUAGGAACACAUGACAGAAUGAGAAAAAGUGAUGUUUAAUCUUCAGUUACACUUAAUGCUAUUUACCCUAAAAGAGAAAGCAUGAUUAUAAAAUCUGCUUUUGAAAAUGAAAAAAUACCUAAGCCAGUUGAUUUAAGCGUUCCUAGAGAAAUAAUUAGAGAGGAAGAGUAGCUUAGGGUACUAAAAGAAAGAGAAAUCUUAAUAAAAUAAGAGAAAAUGCAAAUGGAAGCAAUAAGGAAUUAAGAGCUAAAAGAGUAGUAAGCAAGAUUAAAGGGUAUGCAAGAUGUGAAUAAAAAGCUAUUUACUUAUGAUUUUGAUGGAAAAUUCAUCUUAACUAAUCCUGUUAAGCUAGAAAAGUUACCUCCUUUUAAUUAUGCUGUUACACAUUCAAUAACUAAAGUGGAUUCCAAGCCAAAUACACUACCCUCUAAUCAAACUGCUAAUAACAGCAAUAAUACUUCAAUCAUAAAUUAAUAGUAAUUGCUUGAUGCUGCUGAUGAAAAAAGAAACUCUAAGAAGUUGCUUUAGCCUUUAAUAGCUGUCUAAAAAACUACCCAGAUGCAAUAAUUUAAAUAAAGUUAACAAAUGGAAAAAGAUAAAAUGUUCUCUUAGUAAAAUGCUAUUGUAGGUGAUUAAGGAAAAGAAGUUUUUGAGCAUUUCAGCAUGGCUAAUGGUGUAACUUUAAUUGAUGCUAACAAAUAAAAGACAGGUCCUAAAUUUGGAGCAAAUUUAGAUUAUUCUAUUGUUAACCAAACAAACCUAAACAGGACACUACUAGAUUAAUCUAAUUCGAUUCGUAUGACUAAAAGUGAGUAUAAUGCAAUAACUAGAACUGGAAAUUUAAGCAGAUAAAAUAAAUAAGAAGGAUCAAGUAUUGAUUAAGAUGGAUAGAAUUAGACUGAACUUCAUGGUGGAGCAUAAGGUGGUUUAAGCUUUUUGCUGAACGAUUCCAAGUUAAAAAAUUAUUCUUAAUUUAACAAUUCAAUUAAUUAAAGAUAAAAAAAAGGAUCAAACCAUACAAGUUAAAUAAAGAUAGCAGAUCCAUCGAAAUUAAUAGAAACAAUACAUAAUUUAGAUUAAUAAAAUGAAGAUUAGUUGAAAGAAUUAGAGCUACUAAAACAGUAAUAAAAUCCAAAAAAAUCUUCUUCCACUUCUAAUCUCCUAAAAAUGACACCAGUAGACGAGUUCAAUAUGCUAAUAUAUUAAAACAAGCAUAUAGCUGAUAAAAAAUCUGACCUAUUAUCUCUUCCUCCUAUCCCAGUCCCUAAACCUAAUGAAUUUUUAAGAGCAAAGUAAACACUUGGAUUCCUACCAUAGAAUCCUAGGGAAAGAGUUCCUAAAAGGGUAAUAGUAGCAAAUAUAACAGGAAAAAGGCUACCUCCUCCUGGUUUAGGGAAAACAGUAGGACAUGGAUUAGAUUAAGGAAUAAAUCCUGAUAAAUUAGAUUCCCUGGAAGGGAUAUUAGAAAAAAUAUAAAAUAAUUCUAUGCUAAAUGGAAGCUAAAUUUUAAGAUGA